AUGAAUUCAACUACGGAAACUGCAAAAUACACACAGCGGCUACAGACUGACAGCGACUGGAACCACUGGUUCAACAACUUACAGAUGCUGGCAAACGUUCAUGAAGUCUGGGACUAUGUGAAUCCAAAAGGAACCAAGAUUAAUACUAAGCCAAGAUUGGAAUUCCCAGACCCAAAAGACCUCAGACAAGAAGAACGAGCAAACUAUAGCAACGUUAUCAGCUAUGGAAAAGCUAUCUAUCAAGAAGAAAAAGACCAAUACAACCAGGUUCGGCGAAGUCUUCUAGAAAUUCAUAGUUGGAUCAUGAACACUGUAGCAGCCACUUAUAUCAGCCAAGUCAGCAAGGAGCAAACAGUCAGGGAUAUCAUAAAAGCUCUUGAAAAACAGCUAGCGCCAGACAACUUUGGGAGACAACAAAUGGUAUUGGAAAGAUAUAACAAGCAUAUGCUAUCAAUCAAAAGAGCAAAACUUGGAGGAUGGCUCAUAAUCUAUCGAGAAAUCAUGGAUGAAGCCCAAACAAUCGGAAUCCCUGCUCUCAGCGAUCCAGUUACUCAAGUCUCUGAGUUCUUGAAAGCAGUCAAGCAAAUUGCACCAGAUUACUACACAUCUGCCUCUUACGACUUCACAAAGCGAUACAAGGAUGACCCAACCUACAGUUCGAUCAGCAAGACUGCUGGAAUUGAGCAAGCUAACGAUUUCCGCAGUUGGGUGAGAACUUUCCACCCAGACUGGCUGAAUGCUGCUCCAUUAAAAGACACGAGUUUCGCUACUUGGCAAGGAGAAAACGAACAAGGAAUAAAACAGGGGGCAAAACGAGAGCAAAAGUGUGCAGCUUGCCCAAACGAAAGUCACCGAUUUGUUGAUUGCAAACAUGCCAACCCUAAGAAGCGAGGCCCAAACUAUCAUGAAGAUAAUCCAGAAAAUAAGAAAGCACUGGAAAGAUUGAAUGAGUAUCUCCAGAAGAAACCACACUUAAAGAGAAUAGUUGAAAAACUACGAAAAGGGGCAAGCGAUCAGCAGUCUCAAAAGUCCCCAGAUCGAGCAACAUCUUCCUCAAACUGGAGAAACACUACACAAUCAUCAUCCCACUAUACUCAAGAAGUGUCUGAUGGAGAAGGAUCACUCUCAUCUUUCGUCACUAUCGUCAAUCAAGGAGAAGCAAGUCUCUAUUCAGGAUUCCCACUGUCAGACAGUGUGAUAGUAGACUCAGGAACAGGAUUCCACAUCUGCAACGACUCCUCAAGACUUCAUGAUCUCGACUACACAGUCACAAAAGACUUCACCACUGGAGGAGGAGAUGUACAUGCAAUUGCGAAAGGCACAAUGAUCAUCAAACCAAACCAAGGCGGCAAAUCCAACAACAAGGAGAUCAAAGUCAGAAAUGUAUGGCUUGUGCCUGGAUACCCAACAUCGCUCCUUGGGACAGAACCGCUGAAGCAAAAAGGGAUCAACUUUACAACAGGAAUACCGGGUCUUAUCGACUCAAAAGGCAGACUUCUAUUCAAAACACCAAACCGAUAUGGUCAAUACAUUAUUGAAGCUGGCCCAGCUCUGCUGAACAAUACCUCGUUCAGCAAUACCGAGAAGACUGUGAGAUUCAGCCCAACCGUAGAAAGGAAACCAACCAAAGGUUUUCAGUCAACAAGACAACCACUCCCAACAUCAUCAGCAGAAGCCAAGUUGUGGCAUGAGAGACUUGGUCAUCCAGGCGCUGAGGGACUGGAACAGCUACUUAAAACAGCUCUUGGGAUACAGAUAAAAGGAAUCACAAAAGUGGAAUGUGAUGCCUGUGCUGUUGGGAAGGCAACUCGCCAAAUUUCCCGCAGAAACCCAGACCAUUGGCCAACUGCUGUAGGAGAUUAUCUAUCUCUCGACUUCUUUACACUUAGCAAAGCAUACAAUGGGGAGAAGGUAAUCCUGCUGGUCAGCGAUGGCUGGUCAGGGUUCUUCUGGAUAAGAACUCUUCGUACUCGAAAGGAGGGACUACAAGCUAUGACAGAAUUAGCAGCAUACCUCGAGAGACAGUGCUUUAUCAAAAUCUCUAUUCUACGCCUAGAUUGGGAGGUUGCUUUACGCAAUGCGUUUGAACUAUGGGCAGCUGUGAAUGGAUAUAUGAUUGAAAGAUCAGCUGAGUACACUGGUGCUCAAAACCCAGCAGAAAGAGCUGGAGGUGCUGUGUUUAUGAUCAUGAGAGCACUUCGAUUUCAAUCUCGCUUUCCUGAAUUGAUGGCACCAGAGCUGGCAAAAGCAGCAGUUUAUCUGUCAAACAGAUUGCCUCGAAGACGCCACAAGUGGCAGACACCAUUGGGGUUGGUCAACACUUGGCUGAACUCUCAUCAACAGUCUACCCACAAGAGGGCUGAAAAGCCACAACUAGCACACUUGAGGCGAUAUGGCUGCAGAGCUUACCCCUUGACACAAAACUACAAGAGAGGAAUAGAAAAGUCAAACAAAACUGCGCCAAGAGCUCAUAUUGGCUAUCUAUGUGGUUAUGACAGCACAAAUAUCUACAGAAUCUGGAUCCCAGCAAUAGGAAAAGUCAUGAGAACUAGAGACGUUACUUUCGACGAAAACACGCUGUAUGAUCCAAGGAUUGAGGAUACCAGCAAGUUAAGCCAAAUGGAACUUGAAUUCCAGUUCACAGAAAUGGAUAUCCCAUUCACAAAUCCAAUUGAACAAGACCUAGACACAGCUGGCUGGGAUGGAGAAGAUUUCAGCGAUAAUAUUACCGGGCCACUACCCGCCUCGAAUCCAGCCGCUCAAGAAACAACACCGGCAACACCGAUGCAGGAGAAAGAAUCAGGGGAUUUUCAAUUACCUACACCCACUUCUCUAUCACCAACAGUACAGCUGUCAGAUUCUCAAACAACUGAGGGGGUGAGGGAGACUCCAGAAACUCCAGAAGUAUCGCCAACUCCAGAACAAUCGGAUCAAAGUGAGACCAUAGAGGAAACCUCAACAGACCGACUCGAACUACAACAGACACCAGUCAUAGAAUUGGAACCAGAAGAAAUCAUACCACAAGAUUCCUCCACAGUAAUCCCAAACAUAGCGAGAAGGGGAAGACCUCGUGGCAGCAGAAAUCACAACAUCUACAAUCGAUCAGCCCCUCUUGGUCAAACAAAUCAACAGCCACCAGAAGCAACAAGAUCAUCACAAAGACUGAGAAGAGCAAGAGAAUCCCACUUCACACUGCAAUCUACGGAUACAGUAAAAGGAAGAGAUCAAUGGGAUGCAUCAGCAGAUGAUUUAGGCAAUCCACACCAAAAGACACUUCCACCAGUUCCAAAGAAUUACAGUGAAGCGAUCAAACACCAAUACAGUCACAAAUGGAUUGCUGCAAUGAAUAUUGAACAUUUGAUCGAGAAGAACGCAGUAUGA